CACAAUCCAAAAAAACUCCCAUCCAAAAACCACAAUUUCUUUCUCGUUAUGUCGCCACUCCGUUCUCGACCAUGUCCUCCGCCGCUCUCUUCUCCGCUCUCCCGCCGCCGCCCGCUGGCCUCGACCACCGCCCUCCCACUGCUGAUGCCAGCUCCGCCGGCGCCGCCUCAUCCUCAUGGAACGCCAGAAUUCGCACCUGCGCCCGCUCCCCGGACCGCAAGCCCCUCGCCCUCGCACUCUACGAACGGAUGCUCCUCUCCGCCCUGCCCAACAACUACACCUUCCCCGCCGUCCUCACUGCCUGCGCCUUCCUCUCCGCCUUCCCUGAGGGCUCCCAGAUUCACGCUCACAUACUCAAGCUCGGCUUCGCCUCCGACCUCUACGCCAUCAACAGCCUCAUCCACUUCUACGCCUCCUGCGGCCGCAUGCCCCUCGCCCGCCACCUCUUCGACGCCAUGCCCCGCCGCUCCCGAGUCUCCUGGAACGUCGCCAUCGAUGGCUACGUCGCCAACGGCGACCACGACGCCGCCCUCGACCUCUUCCGCGAGAUGCAGCACCAGCAUCUCGCCCCUGAUCAGUACACUCUUCAGAGCUUGAUCGGCGCCUGCGCCGGCGUCGCUUCCCUCUCCUUGGGGUUGUGGGUUCACGCACUAGCGUUGAGGAGGCAAGGUGGGAAGCUCGCCGUCGCCGCCGACGUCUUGAUUAACAACUCGUUGAUCGAUUUGUAUUCCAAAUGCGGAUCGAUUACUCUCGCCCAGCAACUGUUCGACAGCAUGCCCACCCGAGACGUCGCCUCCUGGAACGCGAUGAUUCUAGGGUUCGCGAUGCACGGCCGCGUCGCCCAGUGCUUCGAGGUUUUCGAUCGAUUGAUGGCGGAGGAGAAACUGAGGCCGAAUGCGAUCACCUUCGUCGGAGUUCUGAGCGCGUGCAAUCACGGCGGAUUGGUGAAGCAGGGGCGGAGGUACUUCGACUUGAUGACGGCGGAGUUCGGAAUCGCACCCCGGAUCGAGCACUACGGCUGCUUGGUGGACCUCCUCGCCCGCGCCGGCCUCAUCGGCGAGGCCCUCGACCUCGUCGCCGGCAUGCCCUGCAAGCCCGAUGCCGUGAUCUGGCGGAGUCUCCUCGACGCCUGCAGCAAGCGAAACGCCGGCGUGCGGAUCAGCGAAUCGGUCGCCCGGAAAGCCCUCGAAUCCACCGACGACGACGCCAGUGGCAUCUACGUGCUGCUCUCCCGAGUCUACGCCUCGGCCAACCGUUGGAACGACGCGGGCGCCGUCCGCCGGAUGUUGGCGAGGAAGGAGCCGGGCUGCAGCGCCAUCGAGACGAGCGGCGGGGCGACGCAUCAGUUCGUCGCCGGCGACACGUCCCACCCGCGGGCGGCAGAGAUCUACAAUAAGCUCCGAGAGGUGGAGGGGAGGCUAACGGCGGCGGGGUACGCGCCGGACGCAGCGCAGGCGGCGACGGUGGCGGAGGGGGAGGCGGCGAGGGGGGCGGCGUUAAGGCUGCACAGUGAGCGGCUGGCGAUCGCGUUGGGGCUGCUGGAGGCGGAGGCCGGCGAGCCGAUCCGAGUGAUGAAGAACUUGAGGAUGUGCGGGGACUGCCACGCCAUGAUCAAGCUCGUCUCCAAGGUUUACGGCGUGGUGAUCGUGGUGAGAGAUCGGAUCAGAUUCCAUGAGUUCAAAAACGGAUCCUGUUCUUGUAACGACUACUGGUGACUCGAAUUCAACCUGCCUUAUUUUUUAGUUUCUAAAAAGAAUAUUAUUA